UUGACGUUGGACAGGUAAUUGGGCAUGACGUCACACGAUUAGCGGCGCCGCAAAAAGGUUGUCGCGUUCAGGUUGAAUUCCGCCCGCUGAUUGUCUUAGACGAUGGAAGCCUUUCAUGUGGCACUCGUCCGUACGAGGGGCUGAACAUGAAGGCUAUCAGCAGUCACGACUGUCUGAGACUCUGCGUACUGUCGUGUUUGUUUGUCCUGCACAUAUCUACGCGCGUGGCCGGAAACAUGGCCUCUCCGUCACAUUUUGGCGUCGCCAGUACAGAAGUUCGCCGAAAUCGACACCCAAAACAGAAGAACUCUUAUUUUAGACCUUUCCUAGAAAGCCAAACUGAAGAUGAAGCUACGCGACUCAUGUUAAGUCUAUACAGGACAGCGGCGGAUGCAGAUGGACGACCAAAACAGCACAAGUUAUUUGGGUCCAACACUGUAAGGCUGCUUCAAGCGUCCACCACUGAAAAGCACUUUCUCCCGACAUCAAGAGACCUUCAGUAUACCUACACAGUGAAAUAUGAACUGAAAAACCUCUUGUUGGACAAAUUGGUGAGGGCAUCUUUUAUGCACCUAAGGUCGCCUGUGUCAUCGCAUCUUCCUUUUAUCUGUGAGGCAAGAGUCACGUCACCUCAAGAUCUUCCUGCUGGUGACCGUGUCAUCAUGGGUCCUCGAAGCCUGUGGGCCGAAUCCAAUGUCACAAACCAUGUGUCCGAGUCGAAAGAUGGCCAUGUAUCCCUCUUUGCCCAUUAUCGAUGCACACAAGAACAUGCCAGGUCCUUUAAACAUCGAAAACACUUCCCACCUCAACACCAUCUUCAAGCUCCUGUUUUGCUGCUCUUCUUGGAGGAGAACAAGCAGCCUGUGGAAUGGGGAAAGUACUUCACACCCCUUCCCCGCCCCAGGACCCGUCGGUCUAGGGAACCUGGGAGCAUCGUCUCUGACAUCCCCAACUACAAGCAAGGGCCGAACAGCAUGGCCAAAAACCAGUGCAAGCUGCACUCCUACCAUGUGGCCUUCAAAGAUUUGGGAUGGGACCACUGGAUCAUUGCACCCCACAAGUACAAUCCUCGUUACUGUAUGGGAGACUGUCCUCGUAUCCUGCAUUACGGCUACAAUUCACCCAACCACGCGAUCAUGCAGACGUUAAUCAGCGAGCUUGGUGUGGCAGAUAUUCCAUUGCCCUCUUGCGUUCCUUAUAAAUACAAACCUGUCAGUGUGCUGAUGAUGGAGAGGAAUGGAAACAUAGUUUAUAAAGAAUACGAAGACAUGAUUGCAGACUCCUGCACCUGCAGGUGACUUUGGGCUCAGGGUUAGAUAAGGACAAGAACUGAAUGGUCCUAAAGGACAUUGUGAAUUUGUACCAGCACAAUUGGAGGACUAAGAUGAAAGGAAUGGCUAUAUUGGGUAUGAUUUGCCUGUUGCCAUUUCUUGUGCAGUGCUAACAGCAUUCACACAGCGAGGUUUCUGUUAGACUUGAAUUGUGGAGAGUGAUCAAUUCAGUCUCAUCUCUCGCAGUACCUGAAUUUUUGGGGAUGUAGGUAUGAAGAAGUGGAUUCUGAUUGUUAAAUGAAUGAGCUACUAUCAUGUAUUUUUUUUCUUUUCUAUUUACUCUUUGUCUAUGUAUGUUCUUUGGUUUCUGUCUAGUGUGUAUUAAUGUUACAUCUUUCAUAAUGUAUUUAUGUAGGGGAAUGGAGUAGGAAAAUGUUGGCACUUUGAGGACACUGUACUGAAAAGUCUGUCUAAAGAAAAUAGGAAAAUGGAGAAGAAAAAAAAAAUUAAGCAUGAAAGAGCCCUGUCUGAUGACUUAUAGGCUUUAGUGUUGUUGCUUUUUCCUCUUUUGUCUGUUGCAUUUGUGUUCUCUUUCUGAAUGCACAGAUUUUGCCAAUAUUUCACAAAGGGCACAGCAUUCGAAUGCAAGUGGAGAAAAGGAGCAGAUGCCAAUUUUGCACUACCUCAAAGAAGACAUCCAGUAAGAGAUUGAAAAAGAGACUUUCAUAGAUGUAUUUCUUAGAGGAGAAAUGAAAAUCUAUGCACCUAAAUGAAUGUUUUAAUCCCAUGAUGAAAGAUGAUGAAAUAAAGUAGUUAUUUUGUAUUUAAAAAAA